GCAGUGCGACGGCAGGCGGAGGCGGGUUCAAACGUGGACAGCCCCGCACUGCCAGCGUCGUCGCCACGGGUCACACGCGCUCAGAAAUCGUCUCAAAAUGCCAGGCGUUUGCCCUCGUUGCGAGAAGAAUGUUUUCUUCGCGGAGGAAAAGAAGGCGCUGGGAAAGUCGUGGCACAAAAUGUGUUUUAAAUGCGCAUCCUGCAACAAGCUGAUGGACUCGACGAACGUGACGCAGCGCGAGGACGAGCUGUUCUGCAAGACCUGCUACGGUCGCAACUUCGGCCCCAAGGGCUACGGCUUCGGUGGCGGAUCGGCCGGCGUCCUCAGCAUGGACGACGGCAGCCAGUAUAAGAACGGGCCGCCCACCUCGAACGUGUCGCACCUGGCGCAGGCGUACGUGGCGCCGCGGCUGGCGGCGCGGUCGGCCGGCGCCGGCUUCAAGCCGCGCUUCGGCGGCUCCGACUCCUGCAGCCGCUGCGGGAAGCCCGUGUACAUCGCCGAGAAGAUGCUGGGGGGCGGCGGCAUCUACCACAAGACGUGCUUCUGCUGCAGCGGGUGCAGCAAGCGACUGGAGAGCACCACGCUGACCGAGCACUUGGGACAGAUCUACUGCAGACCGUGCUACGGCCGGAACUUCGGUCCGAAAGGCUACGGGUACGGCAUCGGCGCCGGCACGCUGCAGACGGAGGCGCAGUGAGCCGGUGCCGCCCCCUGCGCGGGCUGCACCCUGGCCGCCGACGCUGGCGCCGCCUGUGGCCCCGCCUCGUCGGCGCCGGACGAGCCUCUGAUCUCUCCGACAGAGCCGCGGCAGGCCGGCUGCCUCCCGCGGCGCCAGCCCGCGGAGCUGCGCUGGCUCCGCCUCCUCGCUGAACUCGCGCUGGUUCUGACGAGCGCAGAACGGCGCGGCCUACUCGGCUUGGGACCACGCCGCCCUCGCGGCGAUUCUCUUGCAUUCCUGUCAUUCCUGCUGCGUUGUAGGCCUGCGCAAGUCUUCGUGGAUCUUUUCAGCUGAGGUGUCGUGCGUCAUUCCCAUCUAUGCUGCUCUGCCGGAUGUUAGCAGUCUCGCUUGGGUUAAGUUCUCCCGCUGAUUCUGACGCUGAGCUACCGCACACUCCGCUUCUGAGGUCUUAUGAACGGGGGUCGAUACGCAUUGCGAGAUAUUUUAGUUCCAUGUUUUGAAUAGUGUCCCAUGACAACGCGGAUGCCGUUUUUAUACCCUCAUCUCAAGUCUUCAUGUCGUAUUUUGUGCCUAGAAAGAAGACCUGUUCUUUAACCGCGGAAGAAAUCUCAGCUUUUUCAACUGUUAGGUCUCAGACUCCUGUGAUUCUAUCUCGGUGACAUUACAGGAAAUCAGGGUGCUACAGGAGGUGCGAAAGUCGCGCUGGUGUGCGAGUGAUCUGCAAAAAGCCUGUUGUAGUGUGAUGUGUCUGUGUACAUGAACACGAAGAAUGUGCCUUGUUUAGUCGCUGUACUGUUAGCCCAGUUUUUAGACCCUAGUCAUUACCCCCUUGAUUGGCCUGUGAGUCAAUCAAGAAGCUAUGCUGGUGGUAGUGGUAGCUAUGCCUCUGUCUCAUAUACCCAUCCCUGUGCAUAAUUGCAGCUUCAUGAGCCUCUUUUGACAGGCAGGGAUCUCAAGUACGUGCAGCAUGUUGCAUGAACGUUGUUUUAACCCAGAACCUAUGGCCUUCGUGCUGAAUGUACAAAUCGUAAUCACUCCCAGCGUU